GUUGAAUGCGUGUUGUUUAUAGUUGGGUCUACGAUAUUAAUCAAAGUCCGACGAAAUACUGGUACAAUGUCUGCUGGAGAACGAGAACGAGACAUUAAUUAACUAUAGUCAAGUUAAAUAAUACCGUCACGUUACAUUAGUUCCCCACUGUUAAAAUGAGUAGUGUACCGUUGAAGAGGUUCUACAAGGAGCUGCCAGUGUGGAUAGUGGAGGACCAUCAUGAUGUGGUGUGUCACAUUUACCGUGCAAUUGCAUCAAGACACCUCCCAUCAAAGAACAUAAAGAUGGUUCAUUUGGACUCCCAUCCUGAUCUGCUUAUCCCUGUCAACAUGUCUGCUGACACAGUCUUUGAUAAGGAGAAACUCUUCAGUGAGUUGAGUAUAGAGAACUGGAUAAUGCCCAUGGUGUACGCUGGCCAUGUGUCAGGUGUGGCAUGGCUGCAUCCAUACUGGGCCCAGCAGAUCAGAGAGGGAGAGCACAGGAUGGCUGUGGGCAGGGACUCAUCCACCACCACCAUCAGGGUGACCAGUACAGACAACUACUUCCUCAGCGAUGGUCUUUAUGUUUGUGAGAAGCAGCUGGAGAACUCCAAACCUCUCAGACUGAAUGUGGUCAAAGUCAAUCCUGUCAAACCAGGUCAUUUAUCACUCACAGAAAAGAAAACAAAGGAGGACACAAAGAGGUGGCUUGCCAAGAGACGCCGGACAGAGUGUGACAAGGCAGGGGAGGCCAGCUGCUCUGAGCCCCUCUCUACAGCCAGCAACACACUGCAACCUGCAGAGGGCAGCAACAUCAAGGAAGAACAGUGGAGCAACGGGACAGGCUUGGGAGAUGAUGAAGAUGAAGGAUCAACCAGUUAUGUUGUAAAGAGAAUAUCUGCAUUUCUGAUUGAGACAGAGCCUUACAUUUUGGACAUUGAUUUGGAUUUCUUCUCAUGUAAGAAUCCUUUCAAGGAAUUAUACACACAGGAGGAGUUUGCCAUCCUGAAGGAGCUCUACAACUUCACAGCACCCAGCCCUGAUGCUGAUGAGGAGGAGCUUGAUGAAUGUGUGGAUCGUCGUGUACAUCAGUUAGAGGAUCUGGAAGCAGCAUUUGCUGAUCUUCUAGAGGAUGACGGAGAAGAGAUGGUUACACGCUGGGCCAGCAACCCUGGUAUGGCUUCAUUAGCUCAGCUGGUUUUCAGUCUGAAGUCAAGGAACCCCUGCCCCGACUAUGAGAUGGUCCAUCAGGCAGGGUUAACCUGUGAUUCUGUUGAGCUGCCUCACCACAUUAGCACUGAUGAGGAGAUCGACAGACUCAUCUCAGCUGUACAGCUGUUUCUGACGCCUCUGCCCAAACCUACCCUGAUUACUAUGUCCAGGUCCAGUCUAGAUGAAUACUGCCCAGUAGAGCAGGUAGAUUCAGUCCAGAGCCGAGUCUUGGCUGUACUGGAGGCCCUGUAUGGACCACUGGACUUACACAAAGACUAUGAAAACAACAGCACAGAGACUCUGGACUGUCAACCACAGGCCUCUUAACAAACACAUACAUACAUGUGUCACUGAUUGUAGUGGAUGUUCUGUUUGAUAAAGACAACCUAUAUGAAAAAUGACACAUCAGAUUCUGUUGCACUGAAUCUUUAAGUAUAUUUAUGUCUUGUGUCUAACAGGUGGCACUUUGUGGUACUUUGGUUCAUGAUUGUGUGCUGUAUUAACAUUUGAAGUGGCUACAACUUGGAUUUAGUUUUUUUCAGAAGACACUGACACUGUAUAUGUGCAUUGAAGAAACCAGAUUACUCUGACAAUAGGUUAGGUUACAACAAGUAUUGGCAGUGUAUCGAAAACCUAAUAUAUUGUAUUCCUCUGUGCCAUAGAGCUCUAGUUGUUCAAAAAUAUGGAACUCUCAGUGAGCCACAUUGUUGCACUGGCUGACAUGUUCCUUCAUUACUAUGAACACACACUAGUUUAUUUUGCCUUAAUCCCAUGCACACAGCUGUGCUGCUGGAAACACUAGCACCAAACGUGUAUUCAUCUUCUACUGGAAAUAGUCCUUUUUGAGUAGAGUUUGCUAAAAACUCCAGUGGCCUGCUGGAGCCUUUUUAAAAGCCAGUUUACCAAUGGACUGUCACAGACCGCUGGGAAGUCAGAAGAUAUUUAGGGGUGUUGGUUUUUUUGGUCUUUUCAUGAGGUUUGGUUAACAUAAUAAAAAAUAUAGAGUAUUGCCAGCCUUACUGUUUAAGGUAGAGAGCUUUAAUAUGUGCAACAAUAGUCUGAUUAUAGUUGGUCAGUGAUAGUUUCUUUUACCCACUGUGUGUAGUGGUAUGGCAGUGAUGACUGAUAGCACUGUCCAUGCAGUGUUCUGUUAAACUGUAUUAUUUUGAAUACAGCGUUGUUCAACUACAGAAUGAUCCUCAUUUUCAUUCUGCUGCACUACUACUGUAGUGAUGCACUUCCUGUCCUCGGUCUUUGUUAUGCAAAUGUACACAUGCAAAAACCCAGUUUGGAAGACCUAGUUGAGAGUGUGUUUGUCCAGGACAUUAGAUUCUUCAUGCAGAAAUGUAGCAGUUUUAACCACUUUUGUUAAUUACUUAGCAUUAUAGAAAAAGACAAGUGAAGAGUUUGUUUAAACAAAAUUGUUGAGUUCUUACAUGUUUCUGAACCCUUCUUUACCCAAACUGACAACAGGUGGGUAAAAUGCUUAUGGCUGUGUUUCAUGUGAAAUAAUUCCUCAGCUGUCUCUAAUAUCUUAGAUCAUAACUUCCAGCUGCAACACAGUAGAGUAUCCACACUCCACUGCAUGAGAGUUUAUCCUCUCCCCACUACAGAGAGGUCUCUACACAGAAAACAAUUAAGGUUGGCAGUUAUAAAUCACUCAAUUAUCCUGUGUUCAGGGCACUUGUUAAACACUUCAUGGGACUGUGUCAAUUUGAGGCUUAUUUGCAAAAUUGUUAUAAGAGAGUUUUUUGUUUUUCAUAAUUGUAUAAACUGAACUGAAGAGGCUUCUAAACUGACCCUUACAGAACAUUAUGUCAUUUUUUUCCACUUAGUAGUUAAGAGUUAACUGAAUCAGGUUUUUCUAUUUAAUCUAUUGGAGGACUCCCAAACUUUAGAAAACUAAUCUGGAGUUUUCUUGAAUUAUACAUUUUAUUCAUAUGUGAUACAGUACAAUAACUUAUCAAAACAGAUUACCGUCUUUCCAAUAAAGUAGCUGUCAUUGCUAUUCUUAGAAAAUGUUUGAUAUUAUCACGUAGGUGUGUAGGUUUUGAGCUAUAACUUAAAAGAAACUGUAGGUUCUGUAGCCAUAUUUUUUCUGACUAUUGCAGUGGAUGUUUUUGCAAAACAUCUAAAGGAAAACAAAUGAGUACAAUUCCAAAACAUAUGUAUGAAAUGACAGCUUAUUGUCAGUAUAUGGGUAUCUGUGUAUAUGGCAGCUGAUAAGUAACAAGACAUGUCAGAUUAGAAAGGCCAAAGGUGUAUUUGAGGUCAUUCAGAAACAGUGUCUCAGUUACCUAGUUUAUCCACCACAGAGCACUUACAAGUUUAUUUUUCAACUGUAAAAUGUCCCACUCCAGCACAUAUGUUGGUCACAAUCCUUUCAAAUUUAAGGGAUUCUUAUAAUUCUUUAUGUAAUUUCUCUAUAUAUCGAAACACAUUUUGUUAAGCACUCAAUUACUGAUAUUACCAUUGGAGUCACUGUGAGGGAAUUUUUCCUCUUUAGGUUUAUUUUCUUUCAUUAAGUCUCUUCAGGCAGUGAAAUGGCACACUCACAUCAUUUAGUGUAAACAGUAGUUGACUGUCUGUUUAUUUAAUUAUUGAGAAAACACUGAGUCUAUGAAAAAACAGUUCCUUCAAACAGUACAGGCCCAUUUCAAACUUACUGUUUGCUGUAAUUGAUUAUUACCAAAGCAAUUAUAGUAGAUUGCUCGUACAAACAGGCUUAACAACUGCAGUAGAAGGCUGCCAGAUACUAUGAGUAUGAGGAAGAAUAGACAACACACACUGUCUUCACUUGCUCAAUAAAGAAUUUUUGAUAUGUUA